CUUGGGGGCUCACUUAGUUUGGAAGGUCGGACAGCGUGAAGAUGAGUAUCUUACAGAAGAUUGCUGAAAUAGAAGCUGAGAUGGCUAGGACGCAAAAAAACAAAAACACUAUGGGUCACUUAGGGUUGUUAAAAGCCCGCUUGGCUAAACUUAGAAGGGAACUUAUUGAACCUAAAGGUGGUUCAGGUGGAGGUGGUGAAGGUUUCGAUGUUGCUAAAACAGGCGAUGCGCGUAUCGGUUUCGUGGGUUUUCCAUCCGUUGGAAAGUCGACGCUUUUGUGCAAUUUAGCGGGUGUUUACUCUGAAGUGGCUGCAUAUGAAUUCACGACUCUCACUACUGUACCAGGUGUCAUCAGAUACAAAGGGGCUAAAAUCCAGUUACUUGAUUUACCUGGAAUAAUAGAAGGGGCUAAAGAUGGAAAGGGUAGAGGAAAGCAAGUGAUUGCUGUCGCUCGAACUUGUACUCUUAUUCUUAUGGUACUAGAUGUCCUCAAACCUUUGCAGCACAAAAAGCUUCUAGAGCAUGAACUCGAAGGGUUUGGCAUCCGAUUGAACAAAAGUCCACCGAAUAUAACGUUACGUCGAAAAGACAAAGGAGGUUUGAAUUUUCAAGCUAUGGUACCUCAAUCUGAAUUAGAUAAGGAAAUAGUGAAAACGAUUUUAAAUGAAUAUAAAAUUCACAAUGCAGAUGUCUUACUCAGGUGUGAUGCUACUGCUGAAGAUUUAAUUGAUGUCAUUGAGGGAAGUCGGGUGUAUGUCCCUUGCAUAUAUGUUCUCAAUAAAAUUGAUCAAAUAACUAUCGAGGAGUUAGAUGUCAUUUGUCGCAUUCCACAUUGCGUACCUAUUUCUGCUCACCACAAGUGGAAUUUUGAUGAUCUGCUGGAGCUAAUAUGGGAAUAUUUAAGUUUAAUCAGGAUUUAUACAAAGCCUAAAGGACAACUGCCAGACUACAACGCACCGGUUAUCUUGAGGUCUGCAGCACACACAGUGGAAGAUUUCUGCAAUAAGCUGCACAGAACCCUGAUCAAAGAAUUCAAAUAUGCAUUUGUAUGGGGUUCUUCAGUUAAACAUCAGCCUCAACGUGUAGGUAAAGAACACACACUUCAUGAUGAAGAUGUAGUACAAAUUGUGAAAAAAGUUUGAUCCUUCUAAUACACAUUAUAGGCUGUCAGUCUACUGCUUAUUCUACUUAUCGAAGUUUCUGGAGCUAAAUGGAAUUCACCUACUCAAUCUUCCGUGAUUGUUUUUGCAUUGUUGUAAUAUCAGAUUCCUGAUAGUUUGAUAAUACAUUUUGUUUCUAAGGUGG